AUGGACAUGGAAGAGGAGGAGGAGGAGAGGAAGGAAAAGGAGACAGAGGAGGAGGAAGAGCAGGAGAAGGAGCUGGAGGAGGAGGAGGAGGAGAAGCAGGGGGAGGAGGAGAAGGAGGAGGAGAAGGGGGUGGAGCUGGAGGAGGAUAUAGUGGAGGAGGAGAAAGAGGAGGAGAAGGGAGAGGAAGCGCUGGAGGAGGAGCAGGAGGAGGAGCUGGAGGAGGAGGAGCACCAAGCACUGCCAAGGAAGUGCAAGCUGGUAGAGGAAGAGCACAAGGAGAGGAAACACACACGCCCAGAGGUGAUUGACAUGGACAAGGAGAUGGAGGCAGAGGAGAUCAAGACCAAGCCUCACCAUUACUUUCACUUACACCACUAUUAUCUGACUUCAGCCCAUGUGGCCAAGAAACAUGGCAAGGGUAAGGCUGAAGAGGAAAAGUCGCCAUCUACCAUCAAGCACAAAGCAGAGCUUGCUCUCCAGAAAAAGUAUCUCCCCCAAUUCACCAAGCCACUCACCAAGCUUCUUGCCCAACCAAUGCAAUUCCAUGAAUGGCUGGUGUUGAUCUACAUGCACAACUUUACCAUCCACAGCUCAGACAUUCCUCUCAACAUUGAUGAUGCAGCAACUUGCCUAUUGAAGUCUUAUGGCAUUGGAUUCUACAUCUCCUCAUCUCCCUCCAACAUUGCCAAUGCCAUCACCUCACUCAAGUCACACUCCACCCUCCAGGUCUUCCACCUACUCCACAGCUCCCCAACUUACUCCAGCUCCAUGCCCACCUCUGAACCUCUUGUCAGUGGCUUUGAUGUUCUCAUCUUCAGCCACAAGAGGGUUAACAUGUCCACCAUCUGGCAUCCUCUGGCCAGCGACACCAUCCCCAAACCCUUCUGCUAUCUGCACCACAUCCCCAUCCCACACCCAACACAUGAGGUUGUCCACUCUGCUCCUGCUUUCCUCACUGCUCAAUCAUUGGACCACACCCCACUUCACAUCAGCCUCUACAGCUUCCUCAUCCAGAGCUUAGAGCUUCCCAAUCCUUCUCCCCACCCCAUCACAUCGCCCACCACCCCCUACCACAUUCUCUAUGAGGCAAAUCCCACCUACUACCUCUCCUUCUGUGCUGCCCUUUACUCCAGCUUUGUCUGCCUCUCCUCUACCCCCAUAGCAGAGGGCAACAUCUCCUCUCUUGGCAACUGGUUCCUCACCUUCCACUCUAAAUUCCUGGAGGAGUCAGAUCUCACAGCCAUCACUUCCUUCCUACAAGGCCUAACUUCACAUCCUGCCCUUGCCCCUCUCACACCCAAGACCAGCUCCUCCUCCUCUUCUGGUCCACAGAAAGUGCAGAAGUCCAUUGGCUAA